CAUCGUCAUCACCGCGGCCAUUUUGGACGGAUACUCGGCUAGCUUAGCCGUCCCUUACUUUGCGUCAAGCUUUCCUCUGCAUCAAGCUUCUGUGCUUCCGCGGCCUUCGUCGCCAGUCAUAUCUACUCGGCCCAAGUGUUCGUUGGGUCGACCUUUGACAGCUCCUCUGGUCGUCGCCGCAAACGGAAAGCGGCACCCCGUCUGGCACAAUGUUCGCCCAGCAGUUCGACCAUUCCUUGAAUGAUUUAGAUUUAUUUAAUCAGUACGUCAAUAUGGACAACUCCAGUGUGGAUGGCAACAAAGAUGUUUCAUUCCCUGGCGAUCUUGACCAAAUAUUUCAGCUUGAGUCAUUGUCCAGCGACUGUGGCGAGCACUCUCCGGCCAUCUCCACAUCAACAGCGCAACCCCAUCAGCAAACAGCCCAAAACUGGAGCAAAGACUUCUGGUGUUUGUCCCAGAACGCGGACUCUUCUACCAGCCAAGGCCAAAAUUUCUCUCUACAGGAUACUGUUCACCCAUCUGCCGUUUCUGAGCUGGGUAUCAAUUUUGAAGCUCCGCCGACAGCGUGCGCUCCAGAAACCCGCCCUUCUCCGUCAACUCCUCCAGCAACUCCUAGUCGUAAGACCACCAAGAGUGCUGUGACUACGCCCAAGGUGAUCCGUCGUCAUCGCGAACCUAAUGAUCGUCGUGGUCCGCUGCACAAGCAGAGCUUCUCUCCUGGCAUAACACGCUCCUCUCAACCUCAACGGAACAGAAUGGCGUAUCAAGAAGCCUGGGCGCAGCGAUUCAACAACUUCAGCUUUCGCAGCGCGGAUGAACGCUUGCCUCUGUCCCCACCACCUUCCGAUAUCCUCGUUCAACAAGAGAAUAUGGCUGCAGACAACUCUGCUGCCCACCUGAACCGCACCGAAUCACUACCCAAGGCAUCAGCUGAAAUGCCUCCCCAAUAUGACACCGGCAUCUUCAACCAAUCGCCCGCUAUCUCCAUGCCUUCUCCAUCAACAGCUGCGCUAGCGGGGCAGCCCCCGAGAUAUUUAAGCCAGUCCAGCGGCUCGGGGUUGCCCACCUCAAGCCCCCCUUCGGCUGACGACAUCUUCUCCUCCCCACAUUCUUCAGGCCCUCAGUCCAUGUCUUCCUGGCAUUCCGACUCUCUUGGCUCUUCUGGGAUUCCGUACAGCACCCCCGAUCUGAGUGGACAAGAUGGCCAAGCAUGGUGGUCGCCAAUGGCCUCGAGAGUCCCACAGCGACAGCCUUCGUAUCAGCAGAUGGUGGCGUCCCCAGCUGCACAGAGACCGAUCCAGAACUCUGCAAGUCAGAGUGACAUGCUGCAAGGGGGCCUUAUGAUUCAACUGGACCCGUCGUCAUACGACCUUUCUAACACACAUUCGUCAUUCCCCUCGGCCGGCCUGCCUUCCGCUCCAAAUGGUCAUGAGAGCCGCGCCUACAUGCAGCCCACUGCAGCACCAGUGGAUUCAUCGUCAUUCGUCACCCCUCAAAUUCCCCCUACCCACUCACGCUCUCCGUCGCUGUCUCCGGGCUCAGGCUCACCAAAGAGUGGAAGCAUGAUGCACAAUGGUCACCGGAGGUCAUUUCAGCGCCAGAGUAUGAACCGAAAGCUUUCCUCCAAUUCUAUGAGCGCACCAAAACCAGUCAAGGCCCCCCACAGUUCAUCAGGAAGUCCAAAGGGAGGCAACAAGGCCGUCACUGUAUCCUUCGUGAAUUUCACACAGAAUGAUUCCAAAAGGAUCCUCACCGGUGUCGCACCCAGUGGCAGCUCCAAGACCAAGGCACGACGUGAGCAAGAAGCCCGCGCUCGACGCCGCGAAAUUAGCGAAGCUGCCUUGCAAGCCGUCCGGAGUGCCGGCGGAGAUGUUGAAGCUCUGGAGGCCAUCCUAUGCUAA